GUUAGAACCACCCCGUCAAACUUACCAUCUUACCUACCCAACUCCAUUAUGGUACAUCGAAAGAGCGUAGAAGCUAGAUCGUAAUAUUGCAAUAGAUCAACCUAUAUUAGCUAUUCAUUCCAAACAAUAUAAGUCAGUGUACGCAGCUGCCAAAGCACUUGACCUCCCAGAACAAUCUAUCCGUCGUCGUAUGAAUGGAGGCCUCACACGCGUAGAAGCGCGUCAAAAACAACAACUAUUAUCAAAAAGUAUGCACCUAGCCACCGAAUACUACGAGAAAUUGCAGAAGAGGUUCGAGCAGACCAUUGCCAGGUUUUUAAUUUACACGACCAACUUCACAAUCAACUUCACGAACAAUUUCAACCUAUACCACACCUUCCAUUAGGACAAGAUUGGGUUCCACGCUUUAUUAAACGACAUCCACAUCUACAAGUAUGACUAGGAAGACGAAUUGAAGUGCAAAGGAUGAGUGGAGUUACAAAACAGGUCGUACAAGGAUGGUUUGACGUGUAUAAGGACCUUAUAACACGUCUAGACAUCAAAGAAUACAAUGUGUAUAACAUGGAUGAGACGGGAUUCUCAAUCGGAACAAUGGAAUCUACACGGAUUAUUAUUGAGUCUACACUUCGUACACAUCAUCAAGCACAUCAAGGUCGACAAGAAUGGGUUUCUGCAGUCGAGUGUAUUUGCAUGGACGGCACAACUAUCAACCCUCUUGUUAUAUUCAAAGGCCAAAAUGUACUACAGAGUUGGAUUUCACAAGAUGUGAUAAAUAAGUGGCACUUCUCUGCAAAUUCAAAAGGAUGGACAAGCAAUUUACAUGGACUUGAGUGGCUCAAGCGUGUAUUUGAGCCUGCAACACGUGCAAAAGCAAAUGGAGGACAACAACAACGCCUUCUUAUUUGCGACGGCCAUGACAGUCAUAUAAGUGGGAAUUUCAUUUCUCACUGUAUACAAAAUCGUAUAUCAAUCCUUAUAUUACCGCCACAUACUUCACAUGUGUUACAGCCACUUGAUGUUGCAAUUUUUGGACCAUUGAAAAAGAGGCUUACAACAGCUCUUUCACAUUUAAAUGAAGCACGAUGUUACGGCUAAGUGCUAGUGCUAUGGCUAGCACUUACGGCUACAACCUCACAUGAUGG